UCCCCAAGACUUCAGACGAUAACCUCCCGCCUGUUGCUUCGGACCUCCACUCUCACCUAAGCUCAGUAUGGACCCCAACUGCUCCUGCGCCACUGGUGGCUCUUGCGCCUGCGCCAGCUCCUGCUCAUGCAAAGAGUGCAAAUGCACCUCCUGCAAGAAGAGCUGCUGCUCCUGCUGCCCUGUGGGCUGUGCCAAGUGUGCCAAGGGCUGCAUCUGCAAAGGGGCUUCAGACAAGUGCAGCUGCUGUGCCUGAUUUCGGGGAGACCCUGUUCCCAUGUGUACAUAGAGUGGCUGUAAAAACCUGUGUUGUUUUUUCAUACACCCUGACCCAUUUGCUAUAUCUUUUUCUAUGAAAUAUGCGACUGAUAAUAAACAUGUCCAGAUUCUGG